CCUUGGAGCUUCAGAUGUUUCCCUAUUGUUGUUUUUCCUCCUCCGCCAUCAUGGAUCUUUCACUCUUCAAAAGAGGAUUUAUGAUAUUUAUCAGGGCAGUUUCUCUCUCUGACCUCCUUCAACUGAAUUUCUAAAAACUCCUUCAGUAUGCUGGACCAUCCUUCACCUCCUCGUCAGCUCCUCUUCCUUUGCCUCCUGUUGCUGCUGUGUGGUGUGAAUAAAGCUGCCUGUUCUCUUGGAGAGGGCAGGAGGGUUUGGCAACACCCCAAGCCGGACCCCGUCAUCAAAGAGCAGUCUUUUCUUCAUGACAACUUCCCUUCAGGAUUCCUCUGGGGCACGGGAACAUCUGCCUUCCAGACUGAGGGAGCCUGGGAUCAGGAGGGGAAAGGCCCCUCCAUCUGGGACCAUUUCACCCACUCCAAUGUUGGAACAGCUGAUGCUGCAAAUGUGGCAAGUGACAGCUACGCUCACUGGAAAGAAGAUGUGGAGGCGCUGGAGUAUCUGGGGGUAAAAUCAUACUCUUUCUCUCUCUCCUGGCCAAGACUGUUCCCUGAGGGGGAUUUGAGUAAUCAGCCCAACACAGCAGCUGUGGAUCAUUACAGCCGCCUCAUACAGAAGCUUCUGGAAAAGAGAAUUGAGCCCAUUGUCACUCUCCAUCACUGGGACCUGCCACAAGUCCUACAGGAGCGCUAUGGCGGCUGGAGAAACGAGAAUGUGGUGGGGCUGUUUGAGGAGUAUGCAGCUUUUUGUUUCCAGACGUUUGGGAAUCGUGUGAAGCUCUGGCUCACGAUGCAUAACCCAUAUCUGGUGGCUGUGCAGGGGUAUGGGACAGGUGUGCACGCUCCUGGAGAAACAGGAGGGGCUGCUGGCUCUCUGAUUGUGGCCCACAACAUGAUCAGGGCACAUGCCAGAGCAUGGCACACCUACAACACCCACUUCCGUCCAACCCAGAGGGGUCGAGUAUCCAUUGUUUUGGGAUCUCACUGGGUUGAGCCUCAAAGAGGAAAAUCCACUGCUGAUAAUGUCGAGUUUUGUCAGCAGUCCAUCGAGGCCGUCCUCGGCUGGUUCGCCAACCCCAUAUUUGGUGAUGGCGACUACCCACCCUCUUUCAAAAGCAAACAUGGAGCCCUCCUGCCCUCUUUUUCUCCCGAAGAGAAGAUCUGGGUGCAGAAAACAGCUGACUUUUUUGCUUUGUCCUUUGGGCCUAACAACUUCCGUCUGGGUCGAGGACUCGUGCAGUACGGGCAGACUGUGACCCCGGACCUUCGGCGAAUUCUGGGCUGGAUAAAGCUGGAGUAUGGGGACCUGAGGGUGAUGGUUGCUGAGGGAGGAUGGUUUUCAGAUGCCAGUGUGGGAAGAGAGGACACCGUGGCCAUUUACUUAAUGAAGAGAUUUAUCAACCAGGUUCUGCAAGCUAUCAAACUGGAUGGUGUGAAGGUGAUUGGGUACUCUGCCUGGUCAUUGGUGGAUGGAUAUGAGUGGAAUUAUGGCUUCAAUGUGAGGCGAGGCCUUUUCUACAUUGACUUCAGCCAACCAAACCGAACAAGGACUCCCAAAACGUCUGCUCAGUACUACAAACAUGUUAUCACUGACAAUGGCUUUCCCAGAGAUGAAACCUCCAAAGAGAUAAAAGGCCGUUUCCCCUGUGAGUUUCACUGGGGAAUCGCUGACUCCACUUUACAGGUCCACUUCUUCCCUUUCUCACCACAGUUUACUGACCCACAUCUGUACAGCUGGAACUUGACAGGAGACAAUUCAUUACGUCCAAUCCCUGGGGUGAUGAUGCCAACCAGACCAGCCCUGUGCAGUGACUAUUUAGCUAUUCGUGGUCAUGUUCGCCUUUUUGCUACCACAGAGGCAUCUCACUACCGCUUUGCCCUCAACUGGUCUCUGAUAUUACCCCAGGGAGAUGUUUCCCAUGUGAACAAUGAAGCUCUGAGAUACUACCGCUGUGUCCUGACUGAGCUGAAGAAGCUAGACCUUAAGGCUGUCGUGAUCCUCUACUACCCCACACACAAAGCUCCAAAUCUGGGUUUGCCUGGGCCUCUACAUGCCUCUGGUGGCUGGCUCAACCAAAGCACAGUAGAGGCCUUUCAGGAAUACGCAGCUCUGUGCUACCAGCAGCUUGGGUCCUGGAUUCCUUACUGGAUCACCAUCAAUGAGCCGAACAGACUAGUUGAUGUCCAUCCCAGUAACAAAGAGAAGCAUCAGGCAGCUCAUAACCUGCUGCUGGCCCAUGCAAAAGCAUGGAGACUCUAUGAGAGGGAAUAUUCAAGUCAACAAGGAGCAAAGGUGUCUCUGGCUUUACAUGCUGACUGGGUCGAACCUGCAAACUCCUUCCUAGACUCACAUUCAGAAGCAGCACAAAGAUUCCUUUUGUUUGAGCUUGGUCGCUUCUUAGACCCUCUGCUGGGGGCUAAUAAUGAGGAGGAGCAUCACAAGGGGGACUACCCACGGGAAAUAAGAGCCUACCUGGAGGAGAGAGCCCGAGUGAUGGACCUCCCUGAAUCAGCUCUCCCGAGUUUUACUGAGAGUGAGAGAGAGGAGGUGAAAGGGGCGUUAGGUUUUAUUGCACUGAACCAUUUUACCACCCGUUUGGUUUCUCCAUAUCCCCAGACACAGGCAAAUAUUCAUCACAAACAACCCCCUGAUCAUAACUGCAUGACUCUUUCUGAUCCCACUUGGCCCAACUCUGCUCUAGGGCAGGCUGUUGUACCCUGGGGCUUGAGGAAGAUCCUGAACUGGGUGAGCCAGAGAUACGGAAGGACUCUGCCUAUCAUUGUCACAGGCAGCGGGGUGGAUGACCAGGCUGCUAUGGAGGACAAACUCAGGCAACACUUCCUCAGGAGUUACCUGCAGGAGGCUCUUAAAGCUCAUCAUUUAGAUGGAGUAAAUCUGCAGGGCUUCUAUUUGUGGAAACUGCAAGACCGGCAUGUCCCUCAGUUUGGACUCUUCACCUCGACUCAGCACCACUCCAAAGCCAAAGCCUCCCUCGCUGUUUACAAAGACCUCAUCACUAGAGGAGGAUUCCCUGAAGAUAACAGCACAAAGACCUGCAGGCUCAGUGAGCUGCACGAACCCUGCUCCUUCUGCUCAUGGAUGUUUGACAACAAAGCCAUGCUGGUGUUUGGAGGCUGCCUUCUAAUAACAGCUGUUAUGUUUGUAGCACUUGUCAUCUUUGUCAUCAUCAGCAAGAGGAAGAAGAAAGUCCAGGGGACGAACAGGAUGAACAGGAGGUGGGAGGGAGUCUCUGUGUGCUCAUGUCCACCUAUGAAGAACAAACUGUAGAGAUGAUGAUAGCAGUGUGUGCAAAAACAGAAGUGAAAAACAGGGCAUAAAAAGAACAGAGGUGAUCGCUAAAGCUAUCUGCUCUUGUAUCUGUGCUUGUGAAGAAUGAGCAAUUUACUAAAAGUUAUUGUAAAGACCCGUCACCUACCCGUUUAAAUAUAACAAUAGCUAUUAAAAAUGAAGGUUUACUUAACAUUUGUAAAGCUACAACUAUAGAAUAUUUUAUGCGUUAACCUAAGCUGGUAAUGGACUACUUUAAUUUGAUUUAUCUCUGUUUUCUUUUCACAGAAGUUAACACUUUAUCAUGUAAGUUUACGCUGUAAAUACCUAGUAAUAUAUAAACUAUAGGCUGGAUAUCAAGUCGGAUGAAGGAACAGAUGCAUGGAAAAAAUGCCAAAAUAUUUAUAAGUCUUUGCUGACCAGCUGCGGUGCAGGUCAUCAACAUGCCUCUUCAAAGACAACAAGGACAUGCAAUGGCACAAUGGUCAGACUGGUCAAAAUGCACAUCAACAGGUUUUUGUCUAAUGAGGAGACUGUCGUGAUUGUUCAUUAUUAAAAUGCUGAUUUAUGCCCACAUUGUCCUUUUUUCAAAGUUUUUAACAGUUGAUUUGAUGGAAAAAGAGUGGAAAUAAUGUCAUGACUGACAACUCUUCUGACAAAUUCAUUCUCAACCAAAUGAGGAU